AUGUCACUAUUACUGGCGCCAUACAACAAUGGCAUGCGCCUAGGCCAAGGUUUCAAUUCAUACACGCAACAAAUUUGCAUUGAUGACGCCGUGGUCAUUGACCCAGACCGUGUUGACAAUUCCGUCACCAACGAUGGUUUCACAAUGCGUGAGCUUCGGCAUGCCAUCGGCGCUCGAGCUGGUGGUGAUGAUUACGCCGACGAAGAAGAAGAAGAAGAUGCGAUAGACGCUCUUCCAGAACCAACUGCUCUACCAACAAUUACAGCAUCAGGAACAGAAGUAACAGCAGAUGGGACAGGCAAGACUGCUGAUGCCACUCCCGCCGCUACAAAGGCGCUUGACACUAUCGCAAUUCAACUGCGAGAGGACGCCAAAACAGUCGAGAAGCUUGUUUCAGACGUGGCCUCGCUAGAGACUUUGAUUGAGGAAGCUGUCGACCCUUCUAGUGCCGAAACAAAGCGCAAUAUUCUUUUGCUUGAGAAGAAACGCAUGCGUCUAGCACGUAUCAAGACCAAUGGCACUGGUCUCAAAGGCAAGAAGCUUCGGGGCACAGUCAAGGCGCUGUCACAACGAGGGCCAAGUCAAAUUGUUACCUACAGCUCACGAUUUGUUAACAAAAUCAGUGAGAUUACAGAUGACAUGAAUAUCUCAGGGUCUUUGUCCAUCAAGUACGGAUCAAUUGGCGGUGCAGGCAAAGGCUCGUUUGUGGACUCUGACAAGUUCAAAGAGAGUGACCUCAACUUCUUCAUCAGCGUCAAGGUCAUCAACCAGAGUAUCAACAUCAAAGAUGCUCUUGUUUUUCAAGGUCUUCCUUCUGUGGACCAGUCAAACUUCCGAAGCGUCUUUGGAGAUUGCUACAUCGCUGGCUUCCUCGAAGGUGGCGAGUUCAACGCUCUGGUCAGCAUGAAAGUGGUCAACAAGGCUAAGGCCAUGAGCAUCAAGGCUGAGGCCGAGGUGGCGUUGAGCGUCGGUGCUGUCGAUCUGAAAGCAACGGCUAAAGUCGACAUCGACAAGUCCAAUUUCUCCUCCCAGACAGAAACUACAAUUCAGGUCGGCUGGUCUGGUGGUGGCCAUAUCAAACCAAUGGACCAACCUUGGACAAUCCAGUCUCUAAUGGAGACAGCUGCCAGGUUUCCUGACCUUGUGGCCAGCACACCUCAGCGAACUUAUGCCAUAUUGACAAAGUACGAGUCCCUUCGUAGCUUCAUGGCUUUGAAGCCUCCAGCACUUACACCCAUGUACUAUGAAAAUGCCUCGAUUUAUACCAAUGCUCUACUCGAUGCGUACAUGGACUACAAGAAUAUCUACCGUAAUAUCGGCACUGAGCUAUACGACAUCCAAGCUGGCACGAAAAGAAUAGAACCAUGGGUUUCUAAGGAGGGCGAGCUAACAUUCACCAAAAACACAGAAACCGGCGAUAACAAGAUCGAGCUACGCUUCGAGGCGACAAUCAAAGGUCUUGACCUUGCUCGUCGUGCAUGCCGUUUCCAGAUGAUCAAGAUCGUCAACGAAGUUGAUGCUGUGGAAAAGAACCCAGGGAUAGCUGCCGAGGAGACAAGGCCCGAGGCAUACCAGAGCACUAUCGUUUUCCGUGAACGCAUGCCUGUUGUCACCAACGUGGAAAAAAUGCCCCAUCUCAAAAUCUUUGGCACUGAAGAACCUGCACCCAAGUUGAUUGAAUCAAAAGAGGGCGACGGUAUACUGGAGCCCGAGUUGGACAAGGCGAACAGCUACAGGGAGACUCAACCCGAUAUAGGUGUAUCGAUGAGACUAGCUCCCAUGGUAGGCUCGGCCUUUGGUGCCUUGUUCUGUAACUUGGACUUUGUCAAGGCCGACUUUAGUCUCAGGACAGUCACGGUCGAGGUUGAGAAUGGAGUCGUUGUUGCCAUCAGUGUUCGAUAUGCCAACGGUCUCCAGGCAACCGUGGGUACACCAGGAGGAAGUCACAAAGUCUCACUUACACUUAGGCCCUCCGAGGGCCAAAAAAUCAUCGCUUGCUCCAUCGAGACGGGUCGACGAAAGGAUAGCCCUGACGCUACGACACGCGUCACGGCACUUCGCUUGUACACCAAUCGUGGUCCUGACCUAGAAGGUCAUGCGAAGGAUUGGGUUCAAUCACAGAAUGAAACAGGUUUGAGAGAUGGUAUUGAGUUUAAGGAUCUCAAACUUGUUCAUUUCGAUCCUCUUCUCGUGAAUGCUCACGUCAAGGGUUUCUGGGGCCAUGCUCUGACAACCAAUACUGGUAUCAACUCCAUCAGUGGCGUGUAUCGUUUGGCACCAAUCUGGGGUAAUAAGGAGGAUACUUCCCAAACAGGUGAUUCCUCGAUGGAAGCUGACAUGUCACUCGUUCGUACCCAACCCGAACAGCAUCUGAUCAAUUGUCGUGAACGCCUUGGCUGGAAAGACUAUGUUGCUGGACGCAGUGCAGUGCUCGAACAAUCCUUCUAUAAGCCUCUUCCUCUUAUACCUACAGUCAUUUAUGGCUUCCGUCACAUUGACGUCGCACAUACUGACUCCCCUCGUGUUGCUCUCACUCUGCCAUCGGUCACAGAAUGGGGAUUCUCACUGGGUCUCAAAUCCUUCCUCCACAACACCUGGAAUCUGGAAGCGAAUGUCAUGGUCCUCCCAAAUGGAGUUUUCCCCUUCCAGCAUGGUUUCGUAGAUGCAAGUGAUAAUCCAGGUGGUCGCAAAGCAACGGAGAAUGCGUCGAUUCAUGUCACGUUCGCCAAACCUUUUGCCAAGACACCAAAAGUGGCCGUAUGGUUUACAGAGAUACAUCAACCCAAGGGUCAUCGCAGUCUCAAGACAUACGUUGCUGAAGUUAGUAAUACAGGUUUGCGGAUCAAUAUUGAGACAUGGGCUGGACGCGAGUUCGACAACGCUCGUGUAGCAUACCUGGCGUAUCCAGAUGGAAGCGAUUACAUCAAGGGAGGAAGUUCUGACUUUGUACCCAAAGAGGACUGGAGAGAGACAGAAUGGCCUGGCGGACCAUUCAAGAAGGAGCCCAACGUUUUUACUGCCAUCAAUUACAUUGAUAUUGGAUUGAGUGAGAGCACGCUUGACAUUCUGGUCACGCACCAGACUGCUUCUAGUACAGGUUUGAGACAUUGUGGUUGGGGGUCUCCUGGGACAGCUCUUGUGAUGAUAGGUAUGUGUUGGAUCGGUAUCUCUUGCUAG